AUGAGUGACCGGCGGUAUACAAUAGACCACUCUCCAAAUUCGAAGCACAGUCUCGAUUCAGCUGAAUCUUCUGUCUCGUGGAAGAAGAGGGUAUCGACAGCAUGUUUAGCCUGUAAGAAGUCCAAACGGAAAUGCUCUGGCACGCCACCAUGCGACAACUGCUGUACCUUCCACCGCGUCUGCAUCUUCGACGAAUCCCUCGACCAACGGCGCCGCGUAGCAGCCAAACGCACCGCCAAUGAACUGGUCUAUCACCGAAACUUAAUGCAAGAUCUGUUCAAACUAGUCCGCAUUGCAAACGAGCCCCAAGCCCGAGACCUGCUAGACAUAAUCCGACGCAAUGCACCACCAGAAGAGAUCCGCACCCACAUCAACAAAACGCUCUCAACCCUCAACCCUAACGAUGAACUCUCUAAAAAGGCAGUUGAGAAGUUCGAGGAUAUGCGCGACUUGAUCAGUGUUGAGGAUUCUAGCCCUACCUUUCGACGGAAGGUUAUGGAUAUCCAUUACCUUUGUGAUGUUGCUCCUGUGAAUGUUCCUGCUAAGCCUUGGACUAAUGUUACUGAUGAUUGUGAUCUUGUUUCGCAUCUUGUUUCGCUUUAUUUUGUUUGGGAUUAUCCGUUUAACUCUUUUGUUGAGAAGGAUGUUUUUUUGAGGGAGAUGCAGAGUGCUGAUCUUGAUUCGCAGUUUUGUACGCCUCUUUUGGUCAAUGCUUUGUUGAGCAAUGCUUGUUAUUUUUCGGAGUUUUCCGAGGCAUAUGUCGUUCCAGGUGAUAUCUCGUCCAAGGGAUGUGAUUUCUUGGCUGAAGCAGAGAGAUUGAGGGAGGAGGAAUCCUCUGAGCCUAGUCUGGCUUCUUUACAGGCAUCGCUUCUCAUGUACGAAAGAUACGCUUUGUCACGCAGUGAUGACUUGGGAUAUACCAUGCUUCAUGUUGCAAUCAGAAUGGGCGAAGCUCUUGGUCUAGUAGGCAAUAAAGGGCCAAGAAUGACGACAGACCUCUCACCAGAUAUGGAUGCCUCAUGGAGAAGAACGGCUUGGGGCCUAUUCAACGUUGACACGUACGUAAUCGGGCCUGAGCUUGCAUAA